AUGGGCAACAUUAUCCGACUACUCACGAGUCGCUUUGAGGAGAUAAAGGAUGAUGUAGAUAUCUUUGUUGACUUUGAAAAUUGUCAGCCAUCCGAUGAGGAAUACGAUCUUUGGAUAGAAAUAAACACGAAAUUGGCGCACGCAGAUGAUAUCUUAACGAUUGUGCGGAACUAUCCCGGGGCUGCUGCUCAAAUUAGGAAUGCUAUUGAACACUACACGGAUGACGCUGCUCAGGAGGCAGCAUGGGAAGCCUUGAUACCACUAGUUCACCAGCUGCGAAUCUGCUACGACUUUGGUGUUUAUUUAGGUAGUCUUUUUGGCCUUAAAACCAGCAGAAUUCCUGCUGGCCGUGUUUAUCUGCUUCAGCGAGCGCAAACUGUCCCUCGACUCCUGCAUGCACUCUGUUCCGACGAACUUACCGUCUGGGAACAUCUCGAAUCUCAACAGGCUCUCUUCAAACAGUUUGCCGAAAUUCUCGAUUUCAUUAUGCAAUUUGACAACCUCAAGAUGACUAAACCUUCCAUCCAAAACGACUUCAGCUUUUAUCGUCGGCUCCGUCAACGAAGAAGACCUGUGGUCGAUUUUACGCAACAGGUCGUAACUCCAUGUGACGUGGGCGAUGCAGAGUCCUUGCGACAGGAAAUUGAGCAAAUUAGUGAUGAGUGCUGCAGUAAGAUGUCCCUCUUCUACGCGGAAGCCACCCCUAUGCUCAAACUCAUCAGUCGAUAUGCUACGCAAUGUCACAUGGUAGAUGCGAUGACUCCUAUGGAUGUGACCUCUGAGUGCCUUGCUGCAAUGGCGCACAUCUGCCGAGGCCUGUUGGUGAAGCCCUCUUUGAGAAGUCGUGUAACUCGUGAUGAUACUCUCAUGCUUCUUCUACGGGUCAUGACUGGGGUUAUAAUUCUCUACGAUCACAUCGAUCCCUAUGGGGUCUUCCGAAAGACCUCCAAGCUAGAUGUGAGUGUUCUUUUGGCUGGAACUGCAUCAUCUGAUGGAUAG